AUGUCUCGAUACGCCGCUUCCCACGUCAGUCCCCAAGGCCCUGGAGAUGCGCGGCCCACGGCCCUUCAAGUUGUCGAGGAUGAAGGCCUCAUUGGAAGGUUGACGGGAAAAGUGUUCCUCAUUACAGGCGCCAACACAGGCCUCGGUGUUGAAACGGCACGCGCUAUCCACGCCACAGGUGCCGCCCUCUUUCUCACGGCUAGAGACUCAACUAAGGCACAAAAGGCCAUCGACAGUGUCAAGAACGGACCUGGCCCCAAGUCCGAUGGCCCUAUUCAUGCCAUUGAGCUCCGCCUGGACUCCUUAGCAUCUGUGCGCGCAGCUGCCAAGACUUUCCUCUCGUUGAGCGACAAGCUGAACAUCCUCAUUCUUAACGCCGGCGUCAUGGCCACUCCGGAGGGCAAGACAGAAGACGGUUACGAGAGUCAAUUUGGGACCAAUCACUUGGGUCAUUUCCUCCUGUUUCAGCUGCUAAAGCCUGCGCUUCACGCAGCCUCUACACCUGAGUUCCAAUCCCGGGUCGUUGCUGUGUCAUCUGCGCUCCACCGUAACAGCAAAGUCCGUCUCGAUGACUUGAAUUUCGAAAAAGGACCCUAUGACCCCUGGACUGCGUACGGCCAGUCCAAGACGGCGAAUAUCUACUUGGCAAAUGAGAUCGAGAGACGGUACGGGCCGAAUGGGGUGCAUGCGCUUUCUCUACAUCCAGGUGUCAUUGAAACCAACCUCUUCCAAUUCCUCCCUAAAGAACGAUCCGCGACCAUGAUGAAAUCGACUCAAAAUCGCAGGAAAAGCAUUCCCCAAGGAGCCGCUACAACUGUUUACGCUGCUUUGAGCAAGGAAUGGGAGGGACGAGGGGGCAAGUAUCUCAGCAAUCUUGUCGAGCAAGGUCCUGCGGACAUGGCGAAGGUUACACAAGGCGACAUUGGGUACGCGCCGUGGGCUUACGAUGAAGACGCAGCCAAAGAGCUCUGGAUAAAGUCUAAUCAAUUCGUGGGUAUUGAUGAAGAAUGA